AUGUUCACCAACAUCAAACUGACGGCGAUAUCGAUGGAGGAUAUUUUCCGUCCAUGUGUCAGUCCCACCGGAAGUAACCGGAGAACAGUCGAGGACAGACUGGUUGGAUAUUGGCGGGACUUUUUACAAGAUGCAGGGGAGGGAGCCACUGUGGUGACUUUGGAGCACUUAUUGAUUUUUGCAACUGGAAAAAACAGAGUGCCGCCACUCGGACUCAGUCCUUCUCCUGUUCUGUCGUUUCUACACGAAGAGGAGGGGGGAGGAAAGUUCCCCAUUGCUAAUACCUGUGGGAAUGAAUUGAAAAUUCCAAUUCAUCCAUCUUUUGAAAUGUUCAAGGAAAAUAUGGAAUUCGGAAUUUUAAAUGCCCCAAAUUUUGGUCGGGCAUAG